GAGAGGUCGCUUGCGUCUCUUCCCGCUCCUCCGUUUUUUCAGACUUUCUUGCCCUUGACAUCUUGGGGCGGCCUGCGCAGAAGCCCCGAUGGAGCUGUACCACAGAGAGUUUGCCAGCGCUGGCCAAAAGGCCGGGUUGCAGAUUUGGAGGGUAGAGAACCUGGAUCUGGUGCCGGUGCCCGAGCGCCUGCACGGCAACUUCUACGUCGGGGACGCCUACUUGGUGCUGCACACGGUCAAACGGAGCAACGCCACUUUCUACAAUCUGCACUACUGGCUAGGAAAAGAAUGCACUCAGGAUGAAAGUACGGCAGCUGCAAUCUUUACAGUUCAGAUGGAUGAUUAUCUUGGAGGAAAGCCUGUACAGCACAGAGAAAUCCAGGGAUAUGAGUCUACACAGUUCGUUGGCUAUUUCAAAGGUGGCAUCAAGUAUAAGGCAGGUGGAGUUGCUUCUGGUUUUAAACAUGUAAUCACAAAUGACCUAAGUGCACGGAGACUUCUGCACAUCAAGGGCCGGAGAGUGGUGAGGGCCACAGAAGUCCCUCUCAGCUGGGAGAGCUUCAACAAAGGAGACUGCUUCAUUGUUGACCUUGGAACAGAGAUCUACCAGUGGUGUGGCGCCACAUGCAAUAAAUACGAGCGCCUGAAAGCUACUCAGGUGGCUGUGGGAAUUCGAGACAAUGAACGGAAUGGAAGAGCCCAGUUGAUUGUUGUGGAUGAAGGCAGCGAGCCAAAAGAGCUCAUCAAGGUUCUAGGACGCAAGCCUGAACUUCAGGAGGGCAAUGACAAUGAUGAUGAAGCUGCUGAUAUCACCAACAGGAGAAUUGCUAAACUCUACAUGGUUUCAGAUGCAAGCGGGUCCAUGAAGGUUUCAGUUGUGGCUGAGGAAAACCCUUUCUUGAGGGCAAUGCUUUUGUCUGAAGAGUGUUUUAUACUCGAUCAUGGUGUAGCUAGAAAGAUAUUUGUAUGGAAAGGCAAGGAUGCUAAUCCAAACGAGAGAAAGGCAGCCAUGAAAUCUGCUGAAGAAUUCAUACAGCAAAUGAAUUAUCCUGCCAACACCCAGAUUCAGGUUCUUCCUGAAGGAGGUGAAACACCAAUCUUCAAGCAAUUCUUUUGUGACUGGAAGGAUAAAGAUCAAAGCGAUGGCUUUGGGAAAGUGUAUGUCAGAGAAAGAGUGGCAAGAAUUGAGCAGAUUGAGUUUGAUGCUACCAAGUUACACGAGUCUCCACAGAUGGCCGCCCAGCACAACAUGGUGGAUGAUGGCUCAGGAAAAGUGGAAAUUUGGCGUGUUGAAAGCAGCGGCAGAAUCCCUGUGGAACCUCAGACCUAUGGACAGUUUUACGGUGGUGACUGCUACAUCAUACUGUACUCCUAUCCCAAAGGACAGAUCAUCUACACAUGGCAAGGGGCAAAUGCAACUAAAGAUGAAUUGACAGCUUCAGCAUUCUUGACUGUUCAGCUCGAUCGAUCACUUAUGGGACGGGCUGUCCAGCAGAUCCGAGUCUCCCAAGGCAAAGAACCGUUGCACUUGCUGAGUUUAUUCAGAGACAGACCUCUCAUUGUUUACAAGGAUGGGACAUCCAAGAAAGGCGGUCAGGUGCCCGCUCCUCCAACACGCUUGUUCCAGAUCCGCAGGAAUCUAGCAUCCAUCACCAGGAUUGUAGAGGUUGAUGUCAAUGCAACUUCACUGAAUUCCAAUGAUGUCUUUGUUUUAAAACUGCCCAAAACUUCUGGAUAUACCUGGGUUGGUAAAGGAGCAAGCAAAGAAGAAGAAAGAGGAGCCCAGUAUGUAGCCAAUGUCUUGAAAUGUCAAACCUCUAGAAUUGAAGAAGGCCAGGAACCAGGGGAAUUUUGGAGUGCUCUUGGUGGAAAGAAAGAAUACCAGACAUCUGCUCAGUUGCUGACUGAAUCGGAACACCACCCUCCUCGUCUCUAUGGGUGUUCGAAUAAGACUGGCAGGUUUAUUAUUGAGGAGGUUCCCGGAGAAUUCACUCAGGAUGAUUUAGCUGAAGAUGAUGUUAUGCUGUUGGAUACUUGGGAUCAGGUAUUUGUAUGGAUUGGUAAAGAUGCUAAUGAAACAGAACGUACUGAGUCAGUUAAAUCAGCCAAACGUUACAUCGACACCGAUCCAUCUGGACGAGAUAAAGGCACUCCAAUUGUAAUCGUGAAACAAGGAUACGAGCCACCAACAUUCACAGGCUGGUUCUUGGCCUGGGAUUACAACAAAUGGAAGAACUGAACAGCCAAAGAUGGCAAUAGACGAGGUUAUCCAAGCACAGUGGUUCUCCAGAAGUUUUCAGCAUGUGCUUAUACUUCAGUAUUUAUGCAGCUAUUGUGGUCCGUAUUCCACUGUGUGCAUGUGUAAAAUCUUUCACCGUAACACACACAUAAAUAUUAGUGAACAGAACUUGCAUUUUAUAAGCAUAGAUACUUAUUCCUAGAUGCUAUUAGAAAUCUCCCUUCUUAAAAGUUAUUCAUUGUUCAAGUCCUAUGUUUCUUACUACUCCUACAAAUCCUACCUUCUCCAAAUCUUAAGAUUUAGUCAUUUCCACAGCCAAACAGUCUUUGCUACCGGUAACUUGAGUAGUGGCUUUUGGGGAGUGAAGACUGAUAUAAAAAAACAUCUUUUUUCCAGACUUUCCAGCAAUCUAUUACAUGUAUACUAAAUAUCAGUUUUCCAGCUAUUGAAUACUCUGAAUCAUUUUUGGCUAUCCUUUGGGUCUCCUCUUUUGAGGAAGAGAAGUGGAAAUAUCAAGCAUCUUGGAAAUGGAGUCUUGGACCAGCAAGAAACAAGUGAAACAUCUUGAAAUGGUUCUUUAAGAUUCAGCAAAUUGCCUUGUAUGGUGCAUUUUGUGAAACAUACUGGCUUCAUCCAGUGGAUGAAGAGAUCAUUUUCUGGUGCCAGAUCUCCAGGUAAAACCAAAUAUCCACAGCUGCCUCAGAAUGACCAGAGGAGGCAAUAAAUGGAAGGGGGCUAGGAUAAA